CUGAGAUAUCUGCAAAGCUUAGCUUAGAUCAAGCUUUGACCAUAUUUGCCAGUCGCGUACCUGCACCAUGCAACGUUCCAGCACGAGUAGUCAGUCCUCUGCCCCUGGGACCCAGAAACCUGCGGACUAUGUGUAUUUCGAUCGCAGCUCAGCUGGCUUCUCGAGUGAUGCAGUCCCUCACGCCAAAGCUGCUCAGCUGAAACUCGAGCAUUACUACAAAGUCGCGGUCGAUGCCGCGAUCGAGCGAAACACAAGACGCGUUGAACUCGAAAGGAAGCUUCAGGCGGAUGUCUUGAUGUCCGAAGAGAGGAAGCUUCGUUGUCUUCAGCAACUUGGCAGAAAAGAAUCUAGUUUUCUCCGUCUUCGGAGGACCCGCCUGGGCUUGGACGACUUCAGGACGGUCAAGGUGAUCGGAAAGGGGGCGUUCGGUGAAGUCCGCCUGGUCCAAAAGGCGGAUACAGGCAAGAUAUAUGCUAUGAAGACCUUGAAAAAGGAAGAGAUGUUGAAAAAGGACCAGUUAGCCCAUGUCCGCGCAGAGCGCGACGUUCUCGCAGAGUCUAACUCCCCUUGGGUUGUACAACUUUUCUAUUCGUUCCAGGACACCCAGACUCUCUACUUAAUCAUGGAGUUCCUCCCCGGCGGGGAUCUCAUGACCAUGCUAAUCAAGUAUGAUACUUUUUCGGAGGAUGUCACUCGCUUCUACAUGGCUGAAUGCGUCCUUGCCAUCGAGGCCGUCCACAAUCUUGGUUUCAUUCAUAGAGAUAUCAAGCCGGAUAAUAUCCUUAUAGAUAAGGAUGGACACAUUAAAUUAUCGGAUUUCGGCCUUUCCACAGGGUUUCAUAAGCAACACGACUCCAGCUAUUAUCAGAAGCUCCUUGAAUCCGCAAAUAAUACUCAGACUUCUGCCGCGAGAAACAGCGUGAUGGUAAACGCAAUCCAUCUUACUAUAUCCAGCAAAGAUCAAAUUGCAACCUGGAAAGCCAACCGACGCAAGCUGGCAUAUUCGACGGUUGGAACACCAGACUAUAUCGCUCCGGAAAUAUUCCAGCAGAAGGGGUAUGGGGACGAGUGCGACUGGUGGUCACUUGGAGCCAUCAUGUUCGAAUGCUUGGUUGGAUAUCCGCCUUUCUGUUCGGAAUCCACACACGAGACCUAUCAAAAGAUCAUGCAAUGGCAGUACUACCUCGCAUUCCCAGAUGAUGUGCAUCUCAGUCGCGAAGCUGAGGACGUCGUUCGGCGUCUAAUCACUUCGGCUGACCGUCGGCUCAGAGUAGACAAGAUCAAAUCCCAUCCGUUCUUUUAUGGUGUCAAUUGGGAUUCUAUCCAUCAGAUAGAUCCACCUUUCGUCCCAAAUUUGCGCUCGAUGACCGACACGCAAUACUUCCCCACCGACGAAAUCGAGCAGAAUCCUGCUGAAAUUCCAGCCCCAGAUACUAAUACCUCACAAAAGGACCUUGCUUUCCUCGGUUAUACUUUUAAGCGAUUCACCAUUGCGUCCCAUGCUUUCUAAACGGGGUGUAGCUGGCCGCUGCGCGGCAAUAUGGGUGCUUGGGUACCUCCAACAACCUUGCUCGUAGUAUUGGGGUUCCUUGCCACUGGUUGGCCUUGAUUACCAUAUGUUCCUGGACGCUGUUGUAUUCGGGCAGUGUAUGUUGUUGUAUUCGUGGAGCGUCUGCGGUGUUGUAGUAGUUGUGUUAGACUCGUGUAAUGUUCGUCACGCAGGUACCGAGCGUGAGUAGAUCUGACUGAAAGCCUAUUAAUGGUGCCAAUCACCUAGAGGCCGCUACUUGGG